AUGGCGGCUGCGGGGGCCCAGUCGCGGAGCCUCUUCAGGAGCGUCAAGUUCUUUGUCCUGUGCCACUCGGUGCUGCAGCUCUCUCAGCUCCUUGUCUCCGGUUACAUGAAAAGUUCCAUCUCUACCAUCGAGCGCCGGUUUGGCCUCUCGAGCCAAAAGGCCGGACUCCUCGCCGCCUUCAACGAGGUGGGGAACACGGUCCUCAUCGUCUUCGUCAGUUUUUGUGGCAGUCGCGUUCACCGCCCGCGGUUCAUCGCAGGAGGCGCUGCUGUCGCUGCGGGCGCAUCUCUGCUCAUGACCCUGCCCCACUUCCUGUACGGCCCCUAUGAGUACACAGGACCCAACCAUGGGGGAAACGGCUCUGGUCUGUGCCUCACCCAGUCCUCCCCCUCCCCUCCUGUGUGUGACGCCCAUACCCACAGCGGGCACGAGGGGGCAUACCCGCUCCUGCUCCUGGCUCAGCUGCUGCUCGGCAUUGGUGCGGUGCCGAUCCAACCGUUCGGCAUCAGUUACAUCGACGACUUCUCCAGCAAACGCAACUCCCCCCUCUACCUCGGGAUCCUCCUCGCUGUCACCUCCAUUGGUCCAGCGCUCGGGUUUAUGACCAGCGCCUUCACCCUCAGGCUCUAUGUGGACUUCAACUCUGUCAAACCAGACCAGGUGUCUCUGAAGCCUGGAGACCUGCGCUGGGUCGGGGCCUGGUGGCUCGGGUUCCUGUUGGCGUCUUGUUUACUGCUGCUGACGGCGCUGCCCCUGCUGUUCUUCCCCAGAGAGCUCCCCCCAGAGACGGGGUCUGAAAAGAGUGGAGACGACGUCAAACAGGACAAGAAAAACUCACAAACUUUGGGAAUCUUCCUCCGCAGCUUUCCUCGGACCGCCCUCCGGACCCUGCGGUCUCCGGUCUACAUGUGCGUGGUCUUGGCUCAGGUGAACCUCGCCGCACUGCUCUGCGGACUCGCCACCUUCAUGCCCAAGUUCAUGGAGCGCCAGUUCAGCCAGAGCACCUCAACCUCCAACAUGAUGAUCGGGGGCGUGGCUCUGCCCUGCUCGAUCCUGGGUAUCGUCCUCGGUGGCGUGCUGAUGCGGCGUGCGGCGCUCUCCACAGUCGGUGCCGGCAGGAUGUGCCUGGUGUCGGUGAGCUUGUGCGUCCUGACCGCGGUGCCGCUGCUGCUGAUUGGCUGCUCCAGCAACCCGGUGUAUAGGGUUUAUCCAGCAGGGGGCGCCAGCCCAGUCCCAGACCCGGUCUCUGGUCCGGUUUGUAAAUCCUGUCUCUGUCAGGAGGACUGGUUCAACCCGGUCUGUGGUUCUGACAGAGUGGAGUUCAGGUCGCCGUGUCACGCUGGCUGCACGACCCAAGAAAGGGACCAGGAGAGCGGGCGCAUUUAUCGCUACACAAACUGCAGCUGUAUCUCUGCGUCCCCCCCGGCCACUCUGAGUCCUGAUCCCAGUCCCAGUCCGAGUCUCGCUCCCAGUCUUGGUCCGGACCAGUCCUGGGCCCGUCCUGGUUCCUGUGGGAGUCCGUGUUCACAUCUGAUCUCUGUCUUCAUGGUUUUUGUGGCUCUGACGUGUUUCAUCGCCUCCUUCUGCCACACACCGUCCUACAUCCUCAUCCUCCGGUCGGUGCCAGUGGACGACAAAUCGUUUGCUGUUGGGCUUCAGUACAUGUUCUUCAGAGUCCUGGCCUUCAUGCCCGGCCCAGUUCUCUACGGCAAAGUCAUUGACACCACAUGUCUGCUCUGGGGCAAGAAAUGCAACCGGCUCACUUCCUGUUUGUACUAUGACAUGGAUCUUUUCAGAACCAGGUUCCUUGGUCUUCAGCUGGUUUUCUUCUGUGGGUCCUUAUUCUGUUUCCUGCUGAUGGUUUGGAUCCAGAGACGAAAACAAAAACAAGAAAAGAAAACCAGAUACGAACUUACGGAGCAGACACCAGGACUGAGCUAG